UAUGCUACGAGCAUUUCCUAAAACAGACAUCCAUCCAUACUUAAGAAUCUAUGGACAUCAACCAGCACUUAGUAGAACAACUAAUUAAGCACUACUGAUACUUAAGUAACCGGUUCUAAGUACUUAUCACACAUAACUAAGACCUUAUAACUAACAAAUAUACUAAGUACUACAAAAAUGGCGGACAGAUUAACUCAGUUACAGAUCUGUCUUGACCAGUUGGUGGAACAAUUCAAUGCGACAGUCAAUUAUGUUAAUUCCAAUAGUGAGCCAGCAUUACUUGAUGAUGAACCCAAUUCUAUAAUCAAUAUAGCUGCUAAUGCUCCCUUGCCUGGCCAACAACAACCACAAUCACAACAAAAGCAACUGCCUGAUAGUCAACUUCAACAAAGUGCUAAUGGUAGUGGUAAACAAACAGCUACAAAUUCAAAUCAUGUAUCAGUGGCUGCUCAAGCAGAUAAUGAAGCUAAUUUUGAAAAUACUUUAAAUGAAUUAGCAACAGAUAUAAUACUAAAAUCUCGACAAAUUACUAUGUUAAUUGAUUCUUUACCCGGUAUAGGAGUAUCACCAGCUAGUCAAUUAAAAAUUAUAGAUGGGUUAACUCAAGAAUUAAGAGAUAUAGAACAAGAACGGAUAAGGAAAAUACAAGAAAAGGAUAAAUUACUUAAAUGGUGUGAAUCUUUAAUAACAGAGGUGGCUACAGGUAUAGCGGAAUCUAGACGAUAAAAAUAAAAUAUAAUAUAAUGUCAA